AUGGCCUUGCUAUUCCAGACGGCUCUUCCCAUUUUUUUCAUUUCGACAAAUUUUCCUCCAGUAAUAGCCCAGAAUGGAACAGUUGCGAAGCAGCAGGAAAGAGGUUUAGGCUGGCAAGCCCUGCCGAUUUUCCAUGUAUUUUCGGAUCUGCGUGAUAUGUUAUCCGAUGAAAUGGAUUUUGAGUUGCCAAACACGGUGGCCGAUACAGUUCAAGAACACAUCGGACAGAAGAAUGAUUUGAACUCGGUUAUGUCUCUAGGUACUCCGGAGUUUGUGGAUGCAGGAUUUUUAUCUAAUGAAGUGGAUUUCGAGGAAUCACCAAACACGGUGAUCGAUACAGCUCAACAACACGUCGAGCAGGAGAAUGGUUUGAUCACGGAUGUGUCAUCGGUCACCACAGAGUUUACGGAUCCGGAAUUUUUAUCUAGUGGAGUGAAUUUCGAGUCACCAGAUGUACUGUUGGACAUACUAUUCCAGCGAAAACUGGUUUGUGAUAGUGCGCAUACUGUAUUCGGACAACAGAGAUACCGAAUUUUUUCCAAGUAUUCGGACAACAGAGAUACCGAAUCCAGAACAUUUUUUGGUUUGUGA